AUGGAGUUCAACCAAAGCACCAACUUCAUCCUCCUUGGCCUAGUGGAGAUGGAAAGCUUAAAAUAUCUCUACAGCGUUCUUUCCCUAGUGUUGUACAUGUUCACUCUCCUGUCCAACCUCAUGGUCGUCUUAGUGGUGUUGGGGAAUGAGAGCCUUCAUCAGCCCAUGUACAUCCUCAUUGCUAAUCUGGUGGUGAACGGGCUGUUUGGCAGCUCCGCUUUCUUCCCAAAGUUGAUAGUUGACUUGUUCUUUUCUUUACUCAUGAUCUCUCGUGCCGGCUGCUUCAUUCAAGCCUUUUGCUUGCUGGUCGCCACCUACUGUGAGAUCUCCACCUUCACCAUCAUGGCGUAUGAUAUGUAUGUAGCGGUGUGUAACCCCUUACGCUAUGGCACUUUGAUGACCAGCACAGUGGCCCUCAACCUCAUCGCAGGAUCAUUGUUUUUGAACUUGACCUUAGCCCUGAGCACUGUCCUUCUCGCCACAAGGCUCCCUCUUUGUGGAUCAAAACUAAACAGUAUUUUUUGUGACAACAUGUCCAUUAUCAACCUGUCCUGCGUGGAUACCUCUCUAAAUAAGGUCUAUGGAUCUAUUCUAUUUAUUAGCUAUUUAUUAUCUGCCAUACUCAUCAUAGCCGUUUCCUACAUACAGAUAUUCCUGGUGUGCCUGAAGGUAUCUAAAGACGCCAGUAGGAAAGCCAUUCACACGGUGGUGACCCACUUGCUAAACUUCUCCAUUUUCCUGAUAGGAGUCUUGUUCAUAUUUAUUCGUUACAGGAUGGAGAAUACAGGGAUUCCCCUCUAUAUUCCUGCCGUCACUGCCCUAGUGUUCCCUCCCAUGCUCACCCCCCUUAUAUACGGAAUAAGGAUAAAGGCACUGAAAUAUAAAAUUGUUUGUCACCUACAGAAACUAUCCAAACGGGGUCAUUCCUGA